CUCGGAUUUUCUUUGUCACCACAAUUCCAUAUUUUCCAAUUUCCAUCUCUCUCUCUCUCUAAACUAAAGCAGCAUGGGUGGCGCCGACGAGGAGUGGGUCAAAGCCGCCAUGACCGACGACACCAUGGUGGUGGAGCUCCUGGUGCGCCUCCACGCCUCCGCGCCGUCGCCUCCGCCCGCCUUGGAGUGGACCGUCCGCCAGCGCCGGUCAAGGCCCGCCGCCGCCAGGAAGCCAGCUCACAGCCAGCGAGCUAGCCCUAGCACGCCGCUCUGGUGGACCGGCGCCGCCACAUCCCUCAGCGGCGGAUCUGGCGGAGCCGGCGGCUCCGAGGAGUCCAGCCGGCCACGCAGCCAGAAACUCUCCACCGACGCGAGAUCUAAGCUUAAUGGCGAUAGUGGCAAAGCCAUCUCAAAGAGGUCAAGAAAGAAGAAGAACUUAACGGAACUAAAAGAUGAAGAGAACUCAUUGCUAAAGGAGAGAAGAAGCUUGAAGAGAGAUAUUGCUGCAUUACGCGUUAAUUUGGAGAAACAAAUAGCUAAAAAUGAGAACUUGAAGAGAAUAAAGAUAGAGUUGCAACCCCUGCUUGAUAGAGAAACGGCAUCUUCAACCAAGGAACCAGUUUCAGACAACCAGCUGCAUCCAGCCGGUCCCGCCAUUACGCCACCACUAAUCUCAGACAAAGCAGCGGCACUACACUCAAAUGACUGCCCGACAUCACCUAUUAAAGAUGCCACAACUAGUCAUGCUUUUAUGCUUCCCGAUCUAAACAUGCCCUUCGAGGAUGCCUGCCCUGAUAUAGUCUGCAGUGUCAGCUAAACCGGACGGUUAGAUUAUACUCCCCUACUAAGCCAGACAAAAAAACAUAACAAGUGACACCUAUACUGAAUAAGGGCUAACCUUGCUUUAGGACAAAGUGUAGUGUAACUGUAUGAUAGUGCCAAACAACCAAUACAUGUUUGACCAAAGUGUCUUGUUGUAGUUAGGAUCUAUUCUUUUUUUUGUUUACUUAUGUAUGAAGUGAAGGUCUGAGGUUAAGUUUAAAUCACAACUCUUGUUAUGGAGCCAUUUUUUUGGUUCUGUAAUUUCCUUAUCUGCUGCGUAGAGCAUACCCGUCCCCUGUUCCCCUGUUUCAGCUCCCGUCGCGUGUUCAGGGACGUUUGGAGAUGAGAUGUAAACAUCUCAUGUAAUAGUUAGAUGUACAUAGGCUGUCUUUUCUAGGGAAGACUUUGGAGUUGUCUUUACUUAUGAGAUUGUAGCCCUCUUGAAGCAUAUUUUAGAUCCAAGAGAGAGAUAUUGGGCACAUGAAUAUUUUCAGUGCAACUCUUUUAUUACUCAACUUUUUAUA